AAAGAUUAAUCAUUGAGCUCAAGCACUUACAGUCGACCGUCAUAGAGACUGAUACGUUCUGUUUCCAUAACAGGCACAAAUACUCUGCGGGAGCGUUAUAGAGCUAAUUAUAAAUUUUAAAUGGCCGUAUUCUUGACUGUCGUUAUGAAGACGUGGUGAAGACAGUGUUAUUUUUUGGGAUUGAGUCUUAUGAAUGGCGUAGUUUCGUGUAUUUCUCUGUGACAUGGAGAUGGAUUUUAAACAGCUCUAUUACGAUCUAAAUGAUUUAUUAGAAGAUAUUUGCAAGUUCUUAUCCAACGAAAAACUAACGAAUCUUUCGCAGACAGAUAGAACACUAGCUGAAUCUCUGAUACAGCGUUCGAAAAAACAACUUCAAGAAAUUUCUAGAAUACAGUGCACUGCCCAAAAUGAGGAAUACGUUAUCAUGGACAGAAAAGGUUUAUACGCAUGUGGUUUGAAAGUGUUUAGCGUUUCCUUAUUAACAUGCAUGAGUUUUUGAAAAAUGAUAAGGUACAUUUGUGCAAUAAAAACACAUGUAGACAGUAGGAAGUGUCGUAACAGGGUUAAUUUUUGACUUGUGAGAGAAAAAUAAGCUAAACACUUUUAAAAGCCAUUUUCCUUAUAGUUUUAGUAAAUGAUGAAGACGGGAAAAAUAAUACGUAUUCUUCUGUAGAUGAUACAAGGGAAGAUAAAGAAGCAAUCACAGCAAAUAAAACUAUUCUUUACAAAGAUUUACCAGCACAAGACACAGAGUCAGUCAAAUGUGGAUAUAUUUUAAUGAAACGAAAAAUUUUGCUUGGCUUCGGAAAAAUGAAACGUGUGUAUGCGAAUAUUCAUAACGACGUUUUGUUGAUUUACUACACCGAAAAAGACUCCAAGCCAAUCGGUUUGAUCGAUUUGAAGAACUAUACAGCCAAAGAAAACACUGAAAGUACCAGCAGAAACUUCAAUCUCAUCUGUGAUAGUCCUGAACAGAAACCUCUCCACUUCAUAGCUCCAACAAGAGAGGAAAUGAUGCAGUGGGUCUGGCAGAUCAACAAAAUCCACGAUGGCCUGAUAGAACCAGAUUUAGAGUCAGUCAGUUCUGAUGCAGAAUAUGACGUAAUGAAAAACAACCCAUGUACUCCGAAAAAGUCCACUGAAAGUGAUGAGCUGUAUGAAGAACUAGAAACGGUAAAGGAUAAACUACGUGUAAGUAACUUGAAUGAAAGGGUUGAAAUACGUCCGCCUUUACCAGGAAGGAUUCAGUUGAAAAAAUCACCCAUCAAAGUUGCACCGCCUGUUGUGAAAUCCUUACCAAGCCAGAUACUGGAUGAGCCUGUUAGUAGUUCACCAAAGAAUUCAGAAGAUGAAGAUAACACUUAUGAAGUCUUUGCAGAUCUUAAAUGUGAAAUUCAGAUCGUUCACGAAAAUGAAGACGAAUCUGCGGAGCAAGGAAAUGAGACCGAAGACAACUAUGAAGUAUUUACCGAUCUCAAAAAGAGGAUUAAAGCAAUGAAGAUAGACCGCUCAGAAGUUACUGUUAACAGUACCGAAAAUAUUAACUCGGAAAACUCAGCUGCCGAGGAGCAGUUGCCACAAUGUUCGGAGAAACCACAAAUCGCGACCAAGCCUCUGGUGAUCAAGAGAUUUCAAGUGACUUUGGCUUCAGAGUCAACUUGAGACAUAAGUAACAGUGUGAGCGAGAGGAUUUUUAAGAUUUAUCUAUAAUAAUAACCCAAGAACUCAUAACAUUCAGUUCUAGUGACUCUUUUUGUGACUGAAAACAUUACAGACAUCCCUACAUUGAAGAGUGGAGAAUGUUUGCAUAUUACAUAGUUUUAUCACAGAUCCUGAUUAUACCUGCUUGGGAAAUAAGGAAUAUAAUUUACUAUAUUUUAUAUUUUUGAUAUACUCACAAUAAAAUAAAAUUUCUCAC